UCUACUAAAAUUAAAGCAAAUUCUUAGGCACAAUCUUUUACAACCUUUUUUCUUGUGUGAAUAAUAAAAAUUUGAUCAUUUUAUUUCAUAUGGAUCAUCAAAAAUUAGGCACCACCAAUAUUAUGAGUCCUCCAUCAGUCCCAAAUCACUAUAAAAAAUUUCAUGAUCAAGAAAAGAGACAUGAUUUUCAAACUCAACAACCUUACCUUGUGUAUUCCCCUGUUGUUAAGCCUAACAACAAUCCAAUUGACUCUGUUUCUCAUGUCUUCAAUUCUUGGACUAACAAAGCUGACACUAUGGCCCGUAACGUCUGGCGUAACUUGAAAACUGGUCCAUCAGUAUCAGAAGCAGCAUGUGGUAAACUCAAAUUGACAGCCAAGGCAUUGACAGAAGGUGGAUUUGAACCACUUUACAAGCAGAUUUUUGCAACAGAUCCAAAUGAACAGUUGAAGAAGACAUUUGCUUGUUAUCUUUCUACAAUAACUGGUCCUGUUGCUGGAACUCUUUAUUUGUCAUCAACCAAACUGGCCUUUUGUAGUGAUCGUCCCUUAUCUUUUCGAGCUCCAUCGGGACACGAAGCUUGGAGCUACUAUAAGGUGGCAAUACCAUUGGCAAACAUUGGAAGUGUCAAUCCAGUAGUGAUGAGAGAAAAUCCAUCAGAAAGGUACAUUCAAAUUGUCACAAUAGAUGGUCAUGAUUUUUGGUUCAUGGGGUUGAUUAAUUUUGAGAAAGCAAAGCAUCAUGUCCUAGAGACUUUAUCACAUUUUAGAGGCCAACCUUAUGGUGGAUAUUGAAAUGUAUGCCUAUUUGUUUUGUUCCUCUAUGUAUUUGGAAGAGAUAUAAUAAAUGUACCAUUACUAUUAAGUUUUUCUGGUUCAGAUUAAUUAUCGUGUUUCUCUUUUACACGUAAAAGAAAUUAUUAAUGAGAA